GCUAAAUGUCAAGUUUAUGUCAAAACAAAAGCAAUUGUUUCACAACAAAUAUGAGUGACUAAUCCAAUAUUUAUUGAAAUGAUGCAUUUGCCAAUAAACUGCAAAGGAUUUAUUUCUGUUUCUUUCUAUGCACUGUUAAAAAUGCGAUCACCAUUGCAUUGACGUAGAGAGUGACAGACAAAGGUUAGAGAAAUUGUUUAUAAAAUACGAUAAGGGGGUCAUGUUUUGAGUCCCCUAAUAAACAAGAUUUUUUGGCAGCUAGUUUAGUUGGUUGUAGACAAUCUUAGUGUUAACAUCUCUGGUAAACAAUGCUUUUUAAGCAGCUUUUGCUGCUUGUAUUUUGCGCUCUAGGCGCACUUGGUCAAGUACUCAUAGAUAGUUAUCCUCCUGUUCUUGACAACGCUGGAAAUGGUGAAGAUGAAACCUAUGUAGCAUUUGACGCUGAACCAGAACCAGUGCAAGGUAAGGAUGAAUGUCUCGGGUGCCCUACUGAUGUCGAUCCCAAAGCUGAAGGUGUUGAUAGAUUGGUAAAUGCAGCUUUACGUCAUAUCGAGUCUGAAAAUGGCUUUAAGCAUGUUGCAAUCACAGUCCUUAGAGUUCAAAAACAGGUAGUUGCAGGUUUUAAAUAUAUUCUUUCAGUAGUAGUCGGUUCAACAAAAUGUCCUAAGGAAAGCGAGAGUUCCGAUUGUCAAAUCGGAAAUGCUCGUAUUUGCGACGUAGAAUAUUUAGAGCAGCUAUGGCUGGGAGUCUCAAAAAUUAUCAAAAACAACUGUACACAAUCCCAGGAGUUUAAUCUUCCAGAUCCGAUAGAUCCUCCUCCAGCGAAGGUAGUUGACAGACAGUUAGAACCCGACUUCUUGUCCGAUUUAGAGUCUCAAAUUAUUCCAGAUAAUCCUAAAUCCGAAAAGGAAAAUUCAGUACAGUUUGACGAUGUAGCUGAAACUAAACCAGAAAAGCAUGGUGUAUGUGCGGGAUGUCCUGUUGAUAUCGAUCCCAACGAUGAACGUGUUCUACCUUUGGUAAGAUCAGCUCUGGAGCAUAUUGGAUCUGAAAAAUUGUACAAGCAAACUGCAAUCAAAGUCCUUAGAGUUCAAGUACAGGUAGUUGCAGGAGCCAAAUACAUACUUUUGGUAGAAGUUGGCCAAACAUAUUGCCCUAUAGAUAGCCUAAUACCCAUUUGUUCUUUAGAUCCAAAUCAACAAAGUCGUAUUUGCGAAGUAGAAUUUCUAGAACGAACAACAUUGGAGAAUUUCUCAUCGAUUGUUAGCAAUAACUGUACAAUAUCUCAGCGCUUCCCCAUGGAGCUUAUGCCCACAGACCUUGUGCCGUCUGUAGCAGCGUCUGACGAUGUAGCUGAACCAGAAGCAGUACAACGUGCAAUUUCAUGUCCCGGAUGUCCGACUAAUAUCGAUAACGAUGCUGAAAGUGUUAAAAAAUUAUUAAAUGCAGCUUUACGUCAUAUUGCAUCUGAAGAUACGUGCGAGUACUCCGCAGGCAAAAUCCAUAAAGUUCAACGACAGGUAGUUGCAGGUGUAAAAUAUACACUUUUGGUAGAAAUCAUUCGAUCAUCUAAUUGCGUUAGGGAAGACAACGAACUCAGUCGUAUUUGUGAAAUAGAAUAUUUGGAUCAACGAUGGAUGGGAAUCUCAAAAAUUAUUAGCAAUAACUGUACAAUAUCACAAGAAUUUAAUCUUCAAGAGCCAAUAAAUCCGCCACAGGAAUCAGUUGGUAGACAACUAGAACCUGACUUUUUGUCUGACUUGGAGUCACAAGUUAUUCCGGACACCAAGUCCGAUACAGAAAAUUCAGUAAAGAACCAGCAGUUCAAAAAUGAAAUCAACCCAGUAGUGUAUUCUGGUUUAAAUGAAAUUUCUGAAGACCAGCAGUCCAAAUAUGUAAUCAACCCAGUAGUGUAUUCUGGUUUAAAUGAAAUUUCUGAAGACCAGCAGUCCAAAAAUGUAAUCAACCCAGUAGUGUAUUCUGGUUUCAAUGAAAUUUCUGAAGAGCAGCAGUCCAAAAAUGUAAUCAACCCAGUGAAUUCUGGUUUAAAUGAAAUUUCUGAAGAUCAGCAGUCCAAAAAUGUAAUCCAUUCAGUGAAUUCUGGUUUAAAUAAAAUUUCUGAAGACCACCAGUCCAAAAAUGAAAUCAACCAAGUGAAUUCUGGUUUAAAUGAAAUUUCUGAAGACCAGCAGGCCAAAAAUGAAAUCAACCCAGUGUAUUCUGGUUUAAAUGAAAUUUUUGAAGACCAGCAGGCCAAAUAUGAAAUCAACGUAGUGAAUUCUGGUUUAAAUGAAAUUUCUGAAGAUCAGCAGUCCAAAAAUAAAAUCAACCCAGUAUAUUCUGGUUUAAAUGAAAUUCCUGAAGUUAGUUUACAAAAUCGCAAGGUGAGGGCCAUCGAGGUAGUAGAGAUCAGCGACGUACAGCGACCAUCAAAUGACCAAGAUCAACAAGAACAACAAGAAAUUGACGAUGAUGAACAUUCGGUCCUUAGAAGAAAUAAAGCAGAUAGCGAUUCCUCAAGUAGUAGUGAUUCUUCAGAUAGUAGUGAUUCUUCAGAUAGUAGUGACUCCUCAGAUAGUAGUGAUUCCUCAAAGAGUAGUGAUUCCUCAGAUUCAUCAGAUAGUGAUAGUAAGGCCCACAAGAAGCACAAGAAACACAAGAAGCAUCACAAGAAGAAGCACCAUCACAAAGAUAACGAUGAUAGUGACAGUGAUAGCGAUGAUCACAAACAUAAACACAAAAAGGACAAACAUCACAAUCAUGAUCAUAAACACAAACAUAAGAAACACAAGAAAGAUAGUGAUGAUGAUAGUAGAGAACCUCAAGUAAAAGGUAAGCAUGCCCCGACAAAAGGUGGGCAUCACUCGAAGCACAAUAACGAUGCAAGUUCCGAUUCAGACAGUUCUUCCGAUUCAAGCAGUUCUUCCGAUUCCUCCAGUUCGGAAGAGAACAGAAAGCAGCAUAAACAUAAGCAUUCGAACAGACAUAAGAGAUCUUUAUCGGCUGAGGAAGAUUCCGCUGUUGUUAAGGAGCUCGCAAAAAUUGCUGCAAAGCACGAAGGCUAUGAAAAUUAUGAGAUUGUUCGCUCCGAUGUAGUAGAUUUAGAUAGUCGCUAUUACAUGUUACAUAUGCUAUUUGAGAGGAAUCAUGUUUACGCAGACUGUCAGGUAUACAUGACUCUUAACGAUGUUGAUGUUGCUAAGUCUACAGUAGAUAAAGUUAAAUGCUUUAAUAAUGAUCACUCUAGACACGUAAGGCAAAUUCCAGGAGGUAUAAGUCCUAUUUCAAAAGAUGAUCCAGAAGUGAAGCGUUUCUUAAAAGAUGGAUUGUUACAUUUAGAUAAAGAGUCAUCCCAUGAAUUCAAAUUUAAAAUAAUCGAAAUUUUGGAGGCUACUAUUCAGGUUGUCAGUGGUUCUCUGCAUCGUAUCAAAGCCAAGAUAGGUUUAUCAGAUUGCAAAAAAGAAAGCAAGGUUGACGCUUCUGAAUGCGGUCUUCAAGCAAAUGGUCAUUCAACAAUUUGCGAUUUCAAAGUUUGGGACCAACCUUGGAUUAAAAAUGGAAGAGAAACAAAUAUUACUUGUCAUGAUGACGUACUUGUAAAAGAACAUCAUUCUUUCAGAUUACGAAGAUCACUUGACGAGAACGAUGAAACAAUAUUAUCAAGUGUAUUUGAACAUUUUGUGGCCAAGUACGACAAGAAAUAUAUGAAUGUAGUGGAACAUAUGUAUCGUUUUGGUGUAUUUAAAGAUAAUUUGAAAAUUAUUUAUUUGCUAAAUAAGCAUGAGCAAGGAACGGCCGUAUAUAAAAUUACUAAGUACACUGACAUGACACCUGAAGAGUUCUCAAUGUCUCAUGGUUAUAGGACUGAUCUUCGAAGCGAAAACGAAAUUCCCUUUGAACAAGCAAAAAUCCCGCAAAUUGAUCUACCAACAUCUUUUGACUGGCGCGAGAAGAAUGCAGUUACGGAAAUCAAAGAUCAAGGGGCAUGCGGUAGUUGUUGGGCUUUUAGUACUACUGGUAACGUCGAAGGACAAUAUGCAAUUAAAUACAAAAAGUUACAAUCAUUUUCUGAACAAGAGUUAGUCGAUUGUGAUAAAUUGGAUGACGGAUGUAAUGGAGGUUUGAUGGAUAAUGCUUACAGGACUAUUGAAAAAUUAGGAGGUCUUGAAUUAGAAAGAGAGUAUCCUUACGAAGCUAGAGACGAAAAAUGCCACUUCAACAAAACUGAAGCUGUUGUUAGAUUGUCUGGAGCUCUAAACAUAAGCCACGAUGAAACCGAUAUGGCUAAGUGGUUAACUCAAAACGGUCCUAUUUCUAUCGCAAUAAAUGCAAACGCUAUGCAGUUUUAUGCCGGAGGAGUAUCUCAUCCAUAUAAAGUACUUUGUAAUCCCAAAAACUUGGAUCAUGGUGUUCUUAUAGUUGGAUAUGGUGUUCAUAAUUAUCCCAUGUUUAACAAAACUCUUCCAUUUUGGAUAGUUAAAAAUUCUUGGGGUAAAAGCUGGGGCGAGCAAGGAUACUAUAGGGUAUACAGAGGAGAUGGCACCUGUGGUUUGAAUCAAACGCCUUCUAGCUCGGUGGUCGCUUAAAUUCUGACUGACUUACAGAACAAACAAUGACAUAUGAUGUGAUAAUAAUUAUUUUGAAUAUCAUAAAAAUACUAUUUGCUCAAGAUACAUUCUAAUCCAUUAGAUACUUUACAUAUUUUAAAAAAAGUAGUCUUAGUUUUUUUUAUGUUAGCUUUAAUUUAGUUAUCUUAGUUGGAAUUAAUAAAUACGAAAUAGUUGUCAGGGAUAUCAUCUCAAGUUUGUAGAGAGUCACGUUUUCUCACGUAACGGAUUGAAUGAUCUCGCAUAUGUCUCGCCGGAUCUAGUAUCCUUUUUCCCAUUUUUUCUCCUCCUUGAAUAUAUUUCUACCAUGUAGUUACUGUACACAUGAAGCUUCGUCAGUAGUACAUUAAUACUAUCUGGUUUUAUUUAGAUUUACAAUGUCUAUUAGAUGUAUAUUAACCAUAGACUAAUGGAAUUCUGUAUAUUUUCAAUGUAGCCAGACUAAUUUUAGCUUUUAAUAUUUAUGUCAUGCCAUACUUUCAGACACCUGUGUAUUUACUUUCUUAUAUCGACUUAUUGUAGCUAAAACCCAUAUAUUCCCUAAAACAAGUUAUCUUUUUCGUUCAACAGACUCUUCUGAUUUCUUUUAGAGUAUUGAUUUCUCAUACGGUUCUGUUUAAUAUUCAAAGGAAUAUUUGUAGUUAAAUAUUACCUUUAUCAAAUACAGAUUUUAUUAUUCUUCUUUCCUCCCAACUUAGAAACGACUACAUAUACCUUGAUUUAUAAUAAUUGUUAACGUUUCUUGCCAGAUGUUAUCUUUAAAUCUUUGCAGGUAACUUGGAAGUUUAAUGUUCAUAUUGGUUAUAUUGUCUCAUCUAUCUAUCUAUACAGCCCUAAACAUCCAUCCUUGGAUAUAGGCCUCCUCCUCCUUCUUCCAUGCCUCUCUAUAUUGGGCAAUUUGCAUCCAUUUUGACCCGGCGUGUUUCGUCAGGUCAUCUGACCAUCGCAUUUGUGACCUUCCCUUUUUCGUUUGUGAUUCCAUGGUCUCCAAUGUAUAAUUGUCUUAGUCCAUCUUUCAUCUUUCUGCCUUAGGGUGUGUCCGUCGAACUUCCAUUUAAGCUUUGCUACUUGGGUUGAGACAUCUUUCACUUUUGUUUUAUUACGGACCCAUUCGUUUCUUUUUCUGUCUGAUAGUUUAAUGUUCAGCAUUUGUCUGUCCAUACUGUCUCAUAUGUACAUCAAACUACCUUAUUUAUUUCGAGGAUAUUUUACGUGGCUCUAAACAACUGUUUUUCAAUCUUAAAUGACGUCACUGCCUACUAAUUCGUAUUUGGAAUCAAGUCAUCAACGUUAAAUACUCGUACGCUGAAAAGAAGCUUUGGUAAUAUUUAUAUGAAUAAAAUGCAAUAAUUUUUUUUAUUUUACUGCGGGCUUUGUACUAAAACAAUUUAUUUGUGUGUAUAAUAUUAUAAUGAUGGGAAUGUUUAUUAAAAUAAAAGUUUAUGUACUAAAAUUA